AAUUGUCGCCGUGGAAGAGGAAGAUUCUUCAUUCCAUUGUUGAAGCCCAAGAGUAACCAUGCGUCUCGUGUACGCCGGUCACGUGUACGUGUUCUGAAUAUUUUUUGUAGCACGAGUUAUUGUGAAGUGGGGCAGCAUAAGAUGGAGGAAGUAAUUAAUUUUAUACAAGAGACAGUUCCAGGCGCCUAUGAUGAUGCAAUUUCAGAAAAGCUGGAGGAAAUUGGAGUCCAGUGCUUGGAUGACCUGCAAUACAUAAGCUUUGAAAAACAUCUAGUUCCGCCCUUGAAACUAGUUGCUGCUUUGAAAAUUGACCGAGCUAUACAGACCAGGGUCUCACACAAUUUGACUCCAGAGCUGUCAGUAGUGGCAGUGUGCUCUACUCCAGAGACAGAAACAUCUUCUAGUUACAAAAGUACGCCCAAGAACAUUUUGUUCCACCCACUUACAAAAAGCUCAGGAAAUAAAAAAAAUCUACAGAGUUUCAUAAUUCCUUACAACAAGUUUCCCCCACAUGUUACCAGAAGUAUGCAACAAAACAGGACAUUGUCUAGACCUAAUGUCUUGAAUGAAGUAGUUAGAAUAAUCUGUAAUGAAGUACAUGCACUUGACACACAUCCAGGCUCUAGAUUUUUUGAGAGCCUUGCCAAAGAGCUGGUAGGGAAAUAUCCCAGCACAUUUGGGCUAAAGCUAGAAGAUGGCACUUUACUUGGUGAUGGUCACCACUUGUUGCAACGAAAGCUUGAAGAGCGGAUGAAAAAUAUGAACAGAGGAGUGAAAAGAUCGCUGCAUUAUGAUGAUGGCGAGGACGACGAUGGUGACUGUGUGGAAAACAAAAAGAAACUGAUAACAAAAAAGGACAGCUAUGGGUGUGUCAAUUUUCUCCCAAAGGAAUUGCCAGAAAACGAGACCCCUGCAACUCAAGACGAAAAAAGAAUGUGGCUGGUAGAGGAGUUUCAGAAGGUACCAGAAGAUCGCAAUAAUGAACAAAUUAAAAGGUACAUGAGUGUGACGUAUGCCACACAGCGCCCAUCAAUCUUGAACAAACAGUUGGACACUGUGCGUGAACACUGGCCAUUUCUUUUUGAGAAAGAAUAUCUAGUGGAUCACUUUAAAAAACUCAUGGGAAUUUCAUUGCUUGAGGUGGCUAAUGAAGCUUACCAGACCCUACUGCCAUUAUUGAAAAAAUUUUUAACCUCCAAGGUUAAUGUGGAGUCGAAGAAAUUGUCUGACGAGAAGACAUACAUACGCGACAGGCUUGUCUUUAUUGACAGAAACAAUUUCUCUUCAGACCAAAUGCUUAUUUUCAUUAUUGAUAUCCUCAUUCACAUGUGGAGGCAGGAACGAGAAGAAAUAUUUGUGAUGUAUGAGGAUACUGCUUCUGUUGCUGAAGUUGAAGCAUCAGCUUCAAUGCCUCAUCCCCACAUUGCAGUUCUGGGUGGUAACGACUGGAACAAUUUGCCAUUGGGUAAUUGUUAUUUGCCCACAAUGGAAGGGCAUUGCAUCAGUCCACCAAUGCCGGCCAGCGAUGCUAUAAUGGUAACAUUUGCAAUGUAUUUUGUGCAUUCGGUGGCAUACCCUCCCAAGACAGCUGGUAUAUGGGAGUUCAUCCAAAGACUUGUGUUCCAUAUAAAUGGAGAAGGAUCUAAGGUUAAAAGAGUCAAACGACAACCUGCUGCUGUACACACAAGAGUGGCGUCAUUAAUAGAGGCUCUGACUCAUUUCAAAGAAAUGUGGAGAUUGUAAAUAGUAAAAUGAUUUUAUUUUUAAAUGUUGAUAUGUACCUCUAUAAAUGUUAGUUUUAAUGUUGAUAAUGCACACCUAUGAAUGUAAACCUGUCACAUUUCUUUAUUGUUUAUAAAAAAGAUUUCGUGAUUUGUUAUUACAGCCAUUUUGUAUUAUUUCAGCUUUGAGAUUAUAAAUUUUAAGCGGUUUUUUUUUAGUUGAGCUAUUUUUAAUAUGUUUGAUGGUAACGGAGCAUACUAUUAGCAUACUAUGUAAAUUGUGCUGUAUUCGGACUUGUUUAUUGUAUUAUUGUUAAUGUGUUACCAAUAAAUUCUUAUUUGCAAUUA